AUGGCUUUAAAUAAUAAUAAUGAUAAUGUUCUUUCGAUCAACAAUACACAUUACAAUUCACUUUCAAAUUAUAAUAUUUCCACUGGCAAUAAUAAUAUUAUUAAUUUAAACGACAAUUCUGGUAGCAAUAAUUAUGAUUCUGACAAUAAUG